AUGGCCGCCUUUGUGCGUGUAUCCGGACCUCCAAACUGCAACUUUCUCGUCGGCUACCCUGGCAUAUCCGCGACCCUGCCCCGCAUUGAAGGAAGAGUCGAAAUACGACCCGGCACUGGCAUAUCCGCUCCCGUUAACAUUUCCAUGGUCACAAUAUGUCUGCAACGGCGAGAGACGAUACACCCUUCUGCCGAUUCGGUAACGAAGAAACAUCUGGCGGCGCCGCGGAAGGAACUUACGGAUAUUGUUGGCAAAGAAAUGCUACUAUUUCGUUGUCCGAUGGGGCGUGAUCACGAAGAGAUUAUGGCGAUGGACCUUCCUUUUGUAUUGUUUUUGCCAUUUGGUCGAGGUGGACAGGAGUCUUCGAGGCGAUUACCCCCGUCGAGCUUACAGCUCCCAAGUCGAACGGCAGAGACGUAUUAUGAACUGGUGGUUUUGGUACAACAGGGACCGUCGGAACAAAAGAAAUAUGCAUUCCCCGUACCGCUCGCGAGAUACGACACCCUGUCUACGUUUGGGAUGUAUAACAGACCCGAGUCAUCGCAAAAGGUUUCUGAUCAUCUGGUAACACUGGGAAUAUCGCUACCGCGGUGGUCUUAUGGCCCUCUCGAUCCCGUCAGUGUAUACGUGCAGCUAUCUCCAAAUCCAGACUGGAUCGCGAAAGCUCGAAAGGUCACAAUACAAAAGCUUACUCUCACCAUCGAUGAAGAAAUAAUCUACAACCAUGAGGGCGAUGAGCCACAACGCAAGGUCAAGACGCUCGCUAAAAGAACGGAGAGCGUGGGUAUGAAGCUCCCAGAAGCCGGGUAUAUAUCGAAUUUGGGGCUUGUUUUUCCCUCGAGAGAUUUACGGGAUUCAGACGGAAUACUACCACGCGCAAAACCCGCUUUUCCUUCGUAUGCUGUCACUUCCUUUACAACGACCGCAUCAUUGUAUAAGAUUGAACACUAUCUUACCGUUAAGGCCCAUUUAACUUCUGCAAAAGACAUAGCUCUUCGCCAACUUAUCGUCGUGUGUCCCCAAGACCAUGUCGGAUGCAAGGAAGAAAUGGAAGCUAUAGAACAAGCAGCUAGAGAAGCUCGGCACAUCAAUCCCGACAAUCCAAUGUUACCGUUACCAACGAUAGUACGAGCCCAUGAUCCCCAUGCUUUGGACUAUCUUAACGUCGCCAUCGUGGGAAAUGUAAAAAAGCCGUUGAUUGAUUGA